AUGGUCAACGUCACCUACGGGAUCCUCACUCCCAACGCGGACGGGACGUACAGCUUUGAUAAGCUCGGCACGGACAUUGUCGCGACGACAAAGGACGGCGAGACGGCCAUCUACUCGGCCGGCGACAUCGCCUGGGUGCUCACAUGCACCGUGCUCAUCAUCUUCAUGAUCCCCGGCCUCGGGUACCUGUACUCGGGGCUGGCGCGGCGCAAGAAUGCGCUGCAGCUUCUCUUCCUCUCCAUGGCGUCCCUCGCCGUCGUCUCCUUCCAGUGGUUCUUCAUCGGCUUCUCCCUCGUCUUCUCUGAGACUGGCGGCUCAUUCUUCGGCGACGGACGCCACGUCGGCAUGCGCGGCGUCCUCGAGGAGCCGACGCCAGAGUCUGGUGGCCGUCUCCCCCGCAUCGUCCUGGCCACUUAUCAGCUCAUGUUUGCCUGUCUCGUGCCGGCAGUUCUUCUCGGCGCCGCCGCUGAGCGCUCGCGCACGCUUCCCGCCCUCCUCUUCAUUUUCUGCUGGACGACGCUCGUGUACGACUUCCUCGCUCACUGGAUCUGGUCCUCGAACGGCUGGGCCGCCAAGUGGGGAGUCCUCGACUAUGCCGGCGGUGUUCCCGUGGAGAUCGCCUCUGGUGUCGGCGGCCUCGCCUACUCUUACUUCAUCGGCAAGCGCCGCGGCUACGGCACUGAACGUGUGCUCUUCAAGCCCUCGAACGUUUCGUCCGUCACGCUCGGCACCGUCUUGCUCUGGUUCGGAUGGAUGGGCUUCAACGGUGGAUCCUGCUACGCCGCCAACCUGAAGGCCGCGAUGAGCAUCUUCUGCACCAACCUCGCCGGCUCCGUUGGCGCCAUCACUUGGAUGAUCAUGGACUUCCGUCUCGAGCACAAGUGGUCCAUGGUCGGAUUCUGUACCGGUGCCAUUGCCGGUCUCGUCGCCAUCACCCCCGCUGCCGGGUUCGUUGGCGCUCCCGCCGCCGCGCUCAUUGGUCUCGUCUCCGCCGUCGUGUCCAACUUGGCCACCCGCCUCAAGAGCACGAUGCGCGUCGACGACCCCAUGGAUAUCUUUGCCGUGCACGCCCUCGCCGGCGUCGUCGGCUGUCUCAUGACCGGCAUCUUUGCCCAGUCCUCCGUGGCCGCUAACGACGGAUUCACCGAGAUCCCUGGCGGAUGGCUGAACGGACACUGGAUCCAGCUGGGCAAGCAGGUUGCUUGGGUCGCCGUCGGCGCGGGCUGGACCUUUGUCGUGACCAUUGCGAUCAUGUUUGUCAUCAACCUGAUCCCUGGAUGCAAGUUCCGCGCGUCCGAGGAGGCGCAGAUCAUCGGCAUGGACGAGGCUGAUCACGACGAGUACAUUGCCGACUAUGCCUUCUUCCGCCGCGACCUCGAGGAGCCCGAUAUGCGCAUGUGGCGUACUUUCACGCCGCAGUUCAACCAGACCCCUGCUCCCUAUCGUCGGAGCAUGAGCCAGGAGGACGUCGAGCGCGGACGCGGUCUGUCCCCUCACCCGCGCCACGACCGCAGCCGCUCCCGCACGCGUACCGGCGACAUUGAGCCCAUGGAGCCCAUCAACGAGGCCCAUGGCGAGGGCCAGGUCCGUUUCCAGCAGGAGAAGCUCGAGGGCACGCCGACGUCCUCGACGGCCACGAGCCUCGACAAGCCGAUUGACGAGAAGGAUGUCGCCGAUCGCCAUUGA